AUGGAUGAUUUUUAUGAUGAUGAAAUAGUAUCAAAAAUUAUGAACAAUUUAAACACAAACUAUUCAACUGAACUAGCAGAAUUAGUUGAUAUGACUUUUGGUCCAAAGCCAGAAGUUGAACUUCAACGACUUACAACGGCUGAAGUUAUUGAUGUGGGUUCAUUUGGUCUUCGUCUAUUAUGUAAUUAUCAUCGAUGGGAAACAACAGAAAAAAAUGAUCGAAUGUUUCAUGAACAUACUGAUGCAAUAACUCGAAUUUUUACAAUUCCAUUUUUCAUAGAACCUAAUUCAAAAGAAGAACUUUUAUCAAUUAUUGACCAAAUGAUGACUGAAGCAAAGACAAGUUAUUUAAAAGUAGAAUUAAAUCAUAUAUUUUAG